GCCCGCCCGCCCGGGCUCACCUGUCGCUCACGCCCGCGGCCCGGCUGGUCUCCCCGGCAGCGGCGCCGCGGACCUCGCUUCGGGCCAUGACCGGAUGUAAUUGGUGAUCCCAGCUUCCCUCUAUAAAUUCUUGUCAACUCUUUGAGAUUUGGACAAAAAAUGCCUGGUGUCAUACCUAAUGAAAAUAAUGGGCUUUCGAGAGGUAGUCCAUCCAAGAAAAACAGACUUUCUUUGAAGUUUUUUCAGAAAAAGGAGACUAAGAGAGCUUUAGAUUUCACAGAUUCUCAAGAAAAUGAAGAAAAAGCUUCUGAAUACAGAGGAUCUGAAAUCGAUCAAGUAGUCCCUGCAGCCCAGUCAUCACCUAUAAACUGUGAGAAGAGAGAAAACUUGCUACCGUUUGUAGGACUGAAUAAUCUUGGCAAUACUUGCUAUCUCAAUAGUAUUCUGCAGGUAUUAUAUUUUUGUCCUGGUUUUAAAUCUGGAGUGAAGCACUUAUUUAAUAUUAUUUCAAGGAAGAAAGAAGCUCUCAAGGAUGAGGCUAAUCAGAAAGAUAAGGGAACCUGCAAAGAAGAUCCUUUGGCAAGUUAUGAACUUAUAUGCAGUUUGCAGUCCUUAAUAAUUUCAGUUGAACAGCUUCAGGCUAGUUUCCUCUUAAAUCCAGAGAAAUAUACUGAUGAACUUGCUACUCAGCCCAGACGACUGCUUAACACACUCAGGGAACUGAACCCUAUGUAUGAAGGAUAUCUACAGCAUGAUGCACAGGAAGUAUUACAGUGUAUUUUGGGAAACAUUCAAGAAACAUGCCAACUCCUAAAAAAAGAAGUAACUAUGGCAGAAUUAUCUACUAAGGUAGAAGAAAAAUUUGAUGAGAAAGAGGAAAUGAGUGGUGUUGACAGCUUGGAGGCAGACAAUAUGAGAAGUACUGAGGACUACAAAGAAAAACUCCCCAAAGGGCAUGGGAAAAGAAAAAGUGACACUGAAUUUGGUAGCAUGAAGAAGAAAAGUAAAUUGUCCAAGGAGUAUCAGCCAUUGGAAGAGAACCAGAGACAGACUAGAUCGAAAAGAAAAGCUGCUGGUGAUUCGUUAGAGAUUCCUCCCAAGAUAAUCCCCAAGUGUGUUUCUGAAAACGAGAGUGCAAAAUCCUCACAAAAGAAAUCAAGAGUUAAAAUAAAUUGGUUAAAGUCCACAACAAAGCAACCCAGCAUUCUUUCUAAAUUCUGUAGUCUGGGCAAAAGAACCACAAACCCAGGAUCCAAAGGACCAUCUAAAGAAAAUGAGUGUGACCUUGAAGAGGACUCAGGGAAAUGUGAAAGUGACAGCUCACCUGAUGGUUGUGGACUUGGGUCUCCUGGGAAUGGCACAAUGGAAAAUGGUGAUGAAGUUAAGCCUAUAAACAGAGGUGCAGAGCAGAUUGGUUUUGAGCUAGUGGAGAAAUUGUUUCAAGGUCAGCUGGUAUUAAGGACUCGCUGUUUGGAAUGUGAGAGUCUAACAGAAAGAAGAGAAGACUUUCAGGAUAUUAGUGUGCCAGUGCAAGAAGAUGAGCCUUCCAAAGUGGAAGAGAGCUCUGAAAUUUCUCCAGAGCCCAAAACAGAAAUGAAGACCUUGAGAUGGGCGAUUUCACAGUUUGCUUCAGUGGAGAGAAUUGUAGGAGAAGAUAAAUAUUUCUGUGAGAAUUGCCAUCAUUAUACUGAAGCGGAGCGAAGUCUGUUGUUUGAUAAAAUGCCUGAGGUGGUGACUAUUCACUUAAAGUGCUUUGCUGCUAGCGGCUUGGAGUUUGAUUGCUAUGGUGGUGGACUUUCCAAGAUCAACACUCCGUUGUUGACACCCCUUAGACUGUCACUAGAAGAAUGGAGCACAAAGCCAACAAAUGACAGCUAUGGACUGUUUGCUGUUGUGAUGCAUAGUGGCAUUACAAUUAGUAGUGGACAUUACACUGCUUCUGUUAAAGUCACUGACCUCAGUAGUCUAGAACUAGACAAGGGCAAUUUUGUGGUUGAUCAGAUGUGUGAAAUAAGUAAGUCAGAACCACUGAAUGAGGAAGAAGCAAAGGGUGUGGCUGAAAAUUAUGAUGAAGUAUCAAUUAGAGUUGGUGGAAAUGUCCAGCCUAGUAAAGUUUUGAACAAGAAAAACGUAGAAGCUAUUGGACUUCUUGGAGGACAGAAGAGCAAAGCAGAUUAUGAGCUGUACAACAAAACAUCUAAUCCUGAUAAGGCGGCCAGCACAGCAUUCGCUGAGAAUAGAAAUUCUGAAAUGAAUGAUACAAAUGGGACCCAUGAAUCUGGAAACAAGGAAUCCAGUGACCCAGCAGGCAUUCACAUGAGUGGAUUUGAGAACAAGAUCUCAUACAUAGUACAGAGUUUAAAGGAAUAUGAGGGAAAGUGGUUGCUUUUUGAUGAUUCGGAAGUGAAAGUGACUGAAGAGAAGGACUUCCUGAAUUCUCUUUCCCCCUCUACAUCUCCUACAUCUACUCCUUACUUGCUAUUUUAUAAGAAAUUAUAGAGUGAGUAUAUUUUCACUGCGUAUAUAUUAAACAGACUUGGACGAACACUGCUAAAGUUGAUGACAUUAAAGAGUCUAGUUUUAUCUUCUGAAGCUAUUGGAUAUUAUUGGUCUCUAGGUUUUUAUAUAAAUGUGAAUUACUGAAAACCAUGUUAAAUUUUAGAAAUCAUUUUCCAUAGUAGAGACUAGUGAUGGAUUAGCUUCUGUGAACGAACUUGUAUAGGUUCUUAAUAGUCCAAAAUGGAAGCAGUUAAACACAUUUGGAUUUACACCUAUAUCUUGUGUUUGCUUUUUAAAAAUAAAGUGCUUGUAUUUUGUAUUCUCCAUAUUUUGGAGUAAUUAUUUACUUGAUAUUUAUAGGUCUGUGGCUUUUCACCCAAGAGACUGAAUCUUAUUGAGUGCAUUUAGUUUUCUAGCAGUCAUGAAGCUUAAUCUUGGGUGGGCUAUAUUAGAGGCACAGAGUCUAGAAUGUGGAUAUUCAUAAUGGUGUACAUUUUGUGCCUUGAGUCACUAUGAAAAGUGUCUCAGAAAGCUCGGAUAGUCCCCGCUAUCGUCAUAAGAAUUUUCUGUGUUUAUAUGAAGAUGACUGUGUUCUAGUAAUCUUUGGGCAUGACUAAUUUGUAUCUCUUCAUACUCAUUCUGCAUGAUCUGUAUAUAGUACAGCAAACUCUUAGAGGUGUGACCUUAAAUUUAACUUUUUAAAAAAACUGGGAGGUCAAUAAAAUUUAAACUGUUUAACAACUA